AUGCUUCCUCUCGGCCUUCUGACGGCCGCACAGGGCCACCCUAUGCUGGUGGAGCUCAAGAACGGCGAGACCUUGAACGGCCACCUUGUGACCUGCGAUAACUGGAUGAACUUGAUCCUACGAGAAGUCGUGCAGACCAGCCCCGAGGGUGACCGAUUCUUCCGCCUUCCUGAAGUCUACAUCCGCGGCAACAACAUCAAAUACCUCCGAGUCCCCGACGAAAUCAUCGAGCUUGUCAAGGAGCAGCAACAGAACCAACCACAGCACCGCGGACCUCGUGGACGAGAUGGCGAUCGUGGCGGCCGUGGCCGUGGCCGUGGUGGUCGCGGUCGGGGCCGGGGACGCGGUGGCCAGGGCCAAUGA